AUGUCUUCCACCACCACCACCACCAUAACCCCCCUCUCCUCCACCUCUUCAAACCCACCAUGCUGCACAACCCCCUGCACUCUCCUCUGCACCCUCCUCUCCCAAAUCCACGAACUGGAAUUCGAAACCGCCACCGAAGCCUGCGACAUGCUCGACGACUUCACCAGCGACCAACUAAAGCACCUCUACACCCUCCGCGACGACGCUCUCGCACAGCUCAGCACCCAGGACCUGCAUAUCAGCGCUCCCCUCGUCAAGGACGCUUAUUCGAAUUUCGUCGAGCGGGCUUGUGCAACACCGUGGAAGGCGCAGAGGCGGGCGAGUGAGGAGAGUGUCUGUUCGACGGAGGGUGGACGGGAGAGGAGGGAUUCGGGGGUUGGUUUGCCAGCCACGCCAGCUAAGGGGAGGAGGGAUUCGGGGGUUGCGGUUGCGUUCGGAGCUAGCCGAGGCUUUUUGAGACUACUUUAG